AUGCAAGCAAUGAAGGAGCAGAUGGAAGUUAUGAUGAACACACUCAAGGGACGAGUAUCCAACGAUCUUGACGACCUAGUCAACCGGACCAACUCACUGUUCACUGCCUCUGUCAAUUGCUUCCCUCUACCGCAUAAAUUCCGCAUGCCACAUACAGACAGCUACAAUGGAAUCAAGGAUCCUUUAGAUCACCUGGAGACCUUUAAGACCUUGAUGCAGCUUCAAGGAGUUGCAGAUGAAAUCAUGUGUAGGGCUUUCCUUACAACGCUGAAGGGUGCUGCAAGAAUUUGGUUCAGUCGGUUAACGCCUGGCCCUAUCAAUACUUUCAAGGAGCUGAGCGCCCAGUUCAUUUCACACUUCAUUAGAGGGCACAGAUACAAGAAGUCAACUGCAUGUCUGAUGAACAUUAAGCAGCGGGAGGACGAGACGCUAAGGUCUUAUAUAACCCGUUUCAACAAGGAGGCCCUCUCAAUUGACGAGACGGAUGACAAGAUACUUGUAGUAGCAUUCACUAGUGGGUUACGAAAAGGUAAGUUCCUAUUUUCUCUGAACAAGAAUGAUCCAAAGACCAUGUUGGACGUACUUUAUAGGGCUACUAAGUAUAUGAACGCGGAAGACGCAUUGCUGUCCUACAGGAUAAGCCCAGAAAAAGGGAAAGACAAGAGGACAUAUGGCAAGAUGGGGGGCGCAAGGUGGCUAGGACCAGAGAACGACGGGAGGAUAGACGCUCCAAACCCCCCACUGGGAGAUUCACAAGCUUCACCCCGUUAA